UCCGAAUCGUCCAUUUCAUCCUUCAUCGGACCUUCAUCGGCACAGGAGAGAACCUGCGGGAACUGUUGGAGAAGGAUGUGUUUGAAACCACAUUUUGCCUCCAUGAGAGAAAGAUGCAAAAACAGCUGAAGAAGAAAUGGGCUCGAUGGUCGGCUCUGUUUACGGGACAACCAGUCACCGACGUCAAGUGUUACUUUGGAGAGAAGGUGGCUCUGUACUACCUGUGGCUGGGCUGGUACACCAAGCUGCUGGUCCCAGCUGCCGCUCUGGGAGUCGUAGUGUUCCUGUAUGGACUCGCCUUUUUCAACACCAACCCUCUCAUUAAGGAAGUGUGUCAGUCCAGUGUCAUUAUGUGUCCUCGCUGUGACAAUUGUACAGUGUGGAGGCUGUCAGACACCUGCACCUACGCCAAGGUCAGCCACCUGUUUGACAAUGAGGGCACUGUGGCUUUUGCUAUGUUCAUGGCGAUCUGGGCCACUCUGUUCCUGGAGCUGUGGAAGAGACACAGAGCCAGAGCCGUGUCUAAGUGGAAGGUGUAUGACUGGUGUGAGGAGGAGGAGGAACUGAUCAUGGAAAUAGUCAAUGAUCCACACUGUAAACCCAAACAGUUCAGACACUCCUACCUGCGCAGCACUCUGGUCCUCAUUCUGGUAACUGUCAUGCUGAUGAUAAUCAUCGGUCUCACUCAUGCCCUGGUGGUGUUUCGAGUGGUGGCGGCCCCCUUGAUGUCUCAGUUGAACUUUAUCCCUGAUUAUGCCAACACUGUGGCCGUGAUGCUGGGAGCUGUGCUGCACUACAUCACUAUUCAGAUCAUGACCCGGGUGAACAGAUGGGUGUCCCUCAAGCUGUGUAAAAUAGAGAAGACAAACUCUUUCGCUGCCACAGAGAGGAACUUCACCGUCAAGAUGUUCACCUUCCAGUUCUUCACUCUCUUCUCCUCACUCUUCUACGUGGCCUUCUUCCUGGGCAGGAUAAACGGCCAUCCAGGAAACUAUGUUCGCCUCGCUGGAUUCAGACUGGAGGAGUGCCAUCCCAGUGGCUGUUUAACAGACCUCUUCAUCCAGAUGGCUGUUAUCAUGCUGCUCAAACAGACUCUCAACAACAUCUUUGAGUUCACUGUGCCCUGGUUGAAGAGCUGUCUGCGCAGAAACACUGCGAAGAAGCUGCAGAGGAAGUGCGGUAACUGUUACAGGAAGGCCUGCCGUGAUGAAAGCAAGCAGAUUGAACCGUGUGACAUCUGCAAACUUCGGAACUGGCUGAAGAAUUACCACCUGGCCAACACAGACGCCUUCAGCCUGUUCAAUGAGUUUCUGGAGAUGGUGGUCCAGUUCAGUUUCACCACCAUAUUCGUGGCAGCGUUUCCCCUUGCCCCCCUGCUGGCUCUCAUUAACAACAUCUUUGAGAUCCGCCUGGACGCCAUCAAGAUGGUCCGCCUGGAGCGGCGGCUGGUUCCCCGGAAGACCAACGACAUCGGUGUGUGGACGAAGGUGCUGGAGGCCAUCGGCGUGUUAGCAGUGAUUGCUAACGGUCUGGUUAUUGGAAUCUCAUCAGACUUUAUUCCACGCCUCGUCUACCGUUACAGCUACGGCCCCUGUGCUAAUGGAACAACUCACGAACACUGCAUGCAGGGCUACAUCAAUGACACCCUGUCCACGGCUAAUGUGACACACUCAGGAGCUGAUGUCUUUAGCACAAACCAGAUGAAGAUAGAUGGCCUCGACGUCGCACAGUGCAGCUACAGAGACUACAGGAAUGAGGACUAUGCUCUGACCCAUCAGUUCUGGUUGGUCUUGGCCGUGCGCUUUGCCUUCAUCAUCCUGUUUGAGCAUGUUGUGGUGGUGUGUAAGUUUAUAGCGGCCUGGUUCGUCCCCAACAAUCCCAUCCGUGUGAAGAACGAUCGGCUGCACGACAAAAUGGAUCGGCUGAAGGUGGAGCUGCGAAAAGCAGUGGCAGGUCGCUCAGGAGUUCUUCAUCCCAGCGCUUCAUAAAAAAGAGCUCCCAGUGCUACUUUUAAUGACGUGGCCAGCAUGGUGACAUGAAACGCAGCAAAUCAACAGACGUCUGACCGCCCACAGCUGACCUCAGAUCUGCCUCGGCUGGCUCCAGCAUCGCAGGGAGAGAUUCUGUUUUUUUAAAUUAAUAUUUGGUGUUGAAACAAGAGACUGGACUGAGACUCUGAUGUUGUGUGAGGUUUAUGUGUCAGGGUGUCAUUGGACUUUAUGUCACCACACAGCCAUCACACUACGUCUAACAACAGCUGACAGUCGUGAUGUUUUUAUAUUAAAAUGUAAGAAAGAUUUUAUUUUUGUCUUUUGAUGUUGAUGUUUUUGAUGAGUUUUCCCCGUAAAGGAACAGUGUGACAGUUUUCUGCUCAGCGUUAGACGAGAACAUCAUCACUGCACAUUUUACAUGUGUGAACUGUCCCUGUACCUGCUCUUUAAUUCCUGAGCACUUAAAUGUGUGUUCAUGCACUUUCAGGUAAUACACAAGUUUGUCUCAUGUCACAGUCCCCUUAACCCACACUGUCCUAAGCUGCCUCAGAGCUCAGUGUCUCCCACAAUGCACCACAGUCUUCUGCUCCACAUCAGUCCAGCUGUUGAUGUUUGGGCACCAUUAAAGUUCAUGUUGGAUUCAGACUGAAUAUUAUUACUUAUGUCCAAACAUUACCAAAACCUUCACAGAUGGUUUCUUUCUUAAAACUUUAUCAGACAAAACCCAUAAAAAUAAUAUCACAUCACAUCUUUUAUCCAGUGGACCCAUGUGCUUCUAGAUAACUGAAUGUUUUUAUUCUCUCCUCCUUUUUUUUUUUUUUUUUUACUGUCAUCUGAUUGUAACUAUAAUGUUGUAUGGUUGAUUCUGUGUAUUUUUUCCACAACACAAUCACUGGAAAAAAUGUUGACAUUGUUGGUUUCUGCACAGGGUGGCAGCUGGUCCUUAAAAUGUCUUAAAUUUAGAUUGAAUGGGUCUUAAAUGUUUUUUAGUCACAUUGUUACGGCUCUAUAUGUGUUCUGUGCUGCUGUCUCUUUUCACUGAUGUAAGUUUUGCUGGUGGUGAUGUAGGAAAGAUUUUAACAGGAGGGAAAAACUAUUCGACGGGGUACCAGACUUCGACACCUGUAUGUGCUCAGUGCCUAUUUGUGCCCCCUUAGUGCACUUAGAUCACACAGUGAGUCUGCAUCAGUAAACUCAGACCUUGCAAGCAAUGAAAAAUGGGAUAAUUGUAGUGUAAGGACAAAUAGCUAGUGUUGGAGCAAUUAUUCGUGGUGAUUAAAGCCAGUGCCUGUUAAGAGCCAGUUUACACAGCAAACUGCGUUGUAUGUCGAAGGUGUUUCAGACGUGGUAAAAUGGGUAUCUGAGCCAUGGAAUUGAACAAGCAGAGACAAUAUUGUCAGGGUCAUUUUUACUGUUCAUUUUGAACUGACAUCAAUGUCUUUACUUGGAAAGAGUUUAUGUUCACUUUUGAUGUAUAUUUCCAUCGCAAGUUUGGUCUUAAAUUUCAUUUUAAGUGGUGUUAAGUUCUUUAAAAGUCUUUUAUUUAACUCGUUUAUACCUGCAGACACCCUGCUGCACACCACGCAUAUGUUACAUUAAUACAUUUCUUUGUAUGAUGAAACUUUGUUUCUCAAGAAUGCUGUGGUGAAGGUGUGGUUAGGUUAACACGCUAAAACCACACAGUUAUGGUUCGGAAAAGAUCUCGUUUUGGCUUGAAAUACCCACGUUUGGUGGCAGAAAAGCUGCUCGAAAAUGCCACAAAGGGUCGCUAACAAACAGCCUGCUUUGUAGUUUGUUGGUCUUGAGCAGUGGUCUGCAGCUUGGCACGCAUCUCUCCUAGGAGUCACACCAUCCACCAUCCCCUCCACCUCCUGACAGCAAAGUCAGCUCACAUGCUACGUCACUUUGAAACGUUUAUAUGAUUGGUAUGAAAUGUACAAAUGUAACAUAUCCAUGUUUUGCAGAAACAUACAAUGCCAACAUUUUCUUCUGCUUCUGGCAGAGCAUAUGAGCUCCACUGAGUGUGUUUAGGGAGCCACAGGAUGUCCUCAGGACAGUGUACCUGUCGUCUCCUUCACGGACUCCUUCAUUCAUUUAGAAAUAUCAUAUUGUGUUUUAAUAUCCAAACCAAAGAAAAUGAGCUGAGUAUUUUUAUUGACAUCUGUAGUUUGUGAUACGUCUGAAAUACAAACAUCUGUCCCACCUCUGUCUGCUUCUGCCUCUCUCCCCCUCAUUUCCUGUCACGUCUCUACUUUUUGCUGCAGAAUAAAGACAUAAAAAUGACCUAAAAUAAGAAUAAAAAUUCUCCUUCACUUUGU